GCUGCAAUAAGCGAAAACCUCGCGUAAGAUAUAAAUAAAGCUGGCCUUUUCGUAGCCUCGUUGCCUUGUUCUACCGAGGACGUACUGGGGUAACAGGACAGCUUGGAGCUUCCCCCACAGUCUACAUAUAUAUCACGGCAUCAUCUGCCACAACACCACAAUCAUGAGGAGAAUUGAAACAAUCCUGCUCCUCAGCACCAUCUCCAGCUCCAUCCUCGCUGCUGAGACUCCCCGUCCCCGCGGCGUGGGGCCAGAAUUCGCGAAAUUCUAUAAAUCCACCUCAAGCUUCACCUGCAUCUCGAACCCCGCGAUCACGCUCGACCCUUCGCGCAUCAAUGAUGACUACUGCGACUGCCCGGACGGCUCUGACGAGCCUGGCACCGCCGCCUGCACACAUCUAUCACCACUCUCACCACCGCAGCCGGGCGCGGGCGAGAACGUGACCCUCGCGCUGCCAGGGUUUUACUGCAAGAACAAAGGACACAUCCCCGGGUACGUGCCGCAUCUGUAUGUGAACGACGGGGUAUGCGACUACGAGGGGUGUUGCGACGGGAGUGAUGAGUGGGCGGGGGUUGGUGGGGUCAAGUGCCCGGAUCGAUGUCAAGAGCUGGGGCAGGAGUGGAGGCGACUAGAUGAGUUGCGACAGAAGGCCGCGCGGGCGGCGUUGAAGAAGAAGGCGGAGUUGGUUCAGGAGGCGGCACGGUUGAGAGCUGGUGUGGAGACCAACAUUAAGGGGUUGGAAGAUGAGAUUAGAGCCCUGGAGGCUCAGGAGGCGGAGUUGGAGAGGAAGUAUCAGGAGCUGGAGAGGAAGGAAAGGGGAAAGGUCGUUACGAGUAAAGGGAAGGGGUCUAAGGUCACGGUUUUAGCUGGAUUGGCUAAGCAGAGAGUGGAGGAGUUGAGGAACGCCUUGAUCAGUGUCACAGGAAAGAGGGAUGCGUUGAAAGAGAGGGUCAAGGAGCUCGAGGCUAUUCUUUCAGCAUUCAAGGAGGAAUACAACCCUAAUUUCAACGAUGAGGGAGUCAAGAGGGCGGUCAAGUCUUGGGAGGAUUAUGCCGCGAACAAAGUCGAAACGGAUGACUCAGCUGAGGAGCGUGACAUUCAGGAGAUCGCGAAACCGGAUAGCGAGAGUGAGGGUAUCAACUGGGCGGAGUGGGAGACUGAGGCGGAGGAGAGUGAUACAGAUGCCAUCUACAAGCUCGAGGAGUACCUCCCAAGUGCUGUGCGCGAAUGGGUCCACCAAAAGCUCACCGACUUCCGUAUCAUGCUUGUCGAGAAUGGCAUCCUUGCAGACAACGCAAAUUCAGGCAGCGAGUCCAAAGUUGUCUCAGAUGCCCGCAACGCCCACCAGACCGUCUCUGACAAUCUCGAGAAAAAGAGGUCUUCUCUAGAGGAUCUCAGAGCCGACCUUGGCAAGGACUACGGCGAAGAGGACGUCUUCCGGGCGCUAAAGGACACUUGCAUCGAAAAGGAUUCAGGCGAGUAUACCUACGAGCUGUGCUGGCUGUCGAGGACAAGUCAGAAGUCUAAGAAAGGAGGUGGGAGCACGGGGAUGGGGAACUUUGUCCGCUUCGAUACGAUCGAGGUUGACGAGGAGAUUGGCGCGGAUGGGAAGGGUCUCGGGCAAGGCGAGAGGUUGACGCUGAUGUAUGAGAAUGGCCAGCACUGCUGGAAUGGGCCGAAUAGGCAGACGACCGUUGUUCUAGCCUGUGCGGAGAAGGACGAGAUCUGGAAGGUGCAGGAGCAAGAGAAGUGCAAGUACCGCAUGGAUGUGGGAACUCCCGCUGUCUGUGAGAAGACUGCAUCGAAGCCGGCGCCGAAGGAGAAGGAUGAGCUGUAGAUUAAACCAGAUCUAAACUUUUGAAUCCUUUUUUUAUUUAUUUUUAUUC